UAAAAAAGAAUAAAAAAGAAAAAAUCGCGCAUAUGCCAGUGACAACAUCAAAAGUGAAUUUAUUUUACAGAGUAUGAGUUUAAAUCAAAGAUAAUAAGAUUGUGAUAAAAUAGAAAAAUAGAGAGAGAAAAUAUUAUUACCGACAUAAUGGCGAUGUGGCGAUAUAACAAUGAUAAAAAUAAUAAUCAUUCUGCAAGAUCUAUUAUAAACUUUUAUUAGGAUCGAUCAAUUGCGUGCGUUCUCACGUUAUCUGAUCGUUACAAAUGUACAUUACGACAUAUAAUAGACAUAUUAUGCUUAUAUAUACAUUAAUAAUCUAAACGAACAUUUAUAUUAAUAUUCUAAAAGCGAAGGAAAAAAAUUUUAUCGUCUCUCCCUUUUUAUUUGCUUGGAUUUAUGAUCUGUAAAAGAGAGAUCCCCCGUAAGAUAAAAAUAAAUCAUCGUUAUUAUUGCUUCGUCGAUCCCGAGGUUUAAUUUAGCUCUUUCCUUUUUUUCUAUUUUUUACAGCACAGAAAAAUACACGCAGUUCUCGCGAAACCAUGUUGGAAAAUUGUCGGUGGUUGCUGAAAACGUCGCGACUUUCCGGAUGUCAUCCGCACACGAUCGACGAACGAUCCCGCAUAAAUUUUUGCCUGUUGUUGAUCCAUUCGUUAAUUAUGUGCGGUUUAUACAGCGUCGCGGCGUAUUACGUUUUGGGCUUCGGCAAAAAUUGUGGCGACAGCAACGCGACGAUAGGCUGCGCCCUCCAGCGGAUAAAUCGGUACAAUCGGUGCCUCUACGUGAUCGUGACGAUAUUACUGUCGUGUUUGCGACAUAAGGAGUUCGAACGUGCCGUGAUUGUCGCUCGGAAAUUCGACAGUUUAGUAAUUAAUAAUUAUCCUGCCGAUGAGGGACAAAUGAUGAAUUACAGACAAUGGUUCGUUAUGUUAGCGAUCUCCCUCGCUUGGAUCUCGGCCAAUAUGCUAAUUACGUGCGUGAUACCUCUGUACCAAUUGAAUUUGUACACGCUCGUGGCGCAAAUCGUAAUGCGAAUUACGUUCUCGAUGGAGAUCGCGAAAUUUUGCUUCAUAUACGACGCGUUGUAUCGCAGAUUUCGUCGCCUCAAUGGAUCGUGUUGCAAAUUGUCCGGAGUGACCACCGACAUUGGUACCAGCGUAUCUAUAAAUGCUAAUCGUUUUACGAUCUCGAAUCUUCAGCGAUUGCACAGCUGUUUGACCGAUGCAACAAAUCAUUUUACCUCUUAUUAUGGUCCGCAGUUGCUCUGUUGGCUCGCAUUCAUGUUACUGGAUAUUAUAACGUAUAUCUUCGACAUUUUAUAUGAAACGAAGAAUACAGUGCUGAUUUGCAUCUCAUGUAUUAUAUUAAUCUAUUUGUCACUUCAAGUUAUCUUUAUAAGUCGCAUCUGUAAUUUAACAUGCGAUGAGGUAUGAGUAUUUUAUGUUUUCUUUAACGAGCUAUAUGCAUAUAUAGAGAAAUGACUU